AUGUGCGUCAGCUUCAUGAAGAACCCCGCUCCCAGCGUAUCGGUUCCCGGCGAUGAUGAAGAGCUCUCAGAUGGCAAAGGCAGGCACGAUUGGAUACUUGGAUGUUUCUGUCUUCUGACUGGGGUCAUAAUCUUCGCCUGCAACACUGUCGUGCAGGCUGUAGCUCUGAAGAGAUUCCCUGCACCAUUGUCAAUCUGUUCCAUCACUGCCAUGAUGGGGUCGAUCUUCAGUGCUAUCGUCCAGGUCUUGAUGGAGGGGAAGCUCACUGCAGGGACCGCUGACAACCUCACCAGGAUCAUUGGCGAAAUUGUGCUUGUGACGGUCUUCUCGGCGUUCAUCUCCUUCAUUUUCUUCGGGCACUGGAUCGGCUUGGGAUGCUUUGUGGGGAUUGUGCUCAUGUUUGUUGGACUGUACGUGGUGCUGUGGGCGAAGAAUAGGGAGGACAACAUGUUUGCCGAUCUGACAGUGCCGUCUGAAACUGGAUGUGAUAUAGAGAGUUCACUGCUGCAAUGA